UUGAAAGAGUCUAUUAUUCUUUUCUAAUUUCAAUCAAUGGCCUCUGAAAUCUCUGAAAUUAAGCAAGAGAGUCCUAUGGAUGAUGUUAGAUCUAGCAAUACUUCUCUCAUCUCUAGUGCUAAUGUCACUGUGAAGAAUUGCUCUAACAUUAACCGAAGUGCAAAGCAUAAUGAGGAACCUCGUCAGGGAGUUGCUCGGAAGAGAAGUUUGACUGAAACUGGCGAAGAAGAAAACGGAAGAAGCAUAGAUUUGAAUGUUGAGCUAACUCCGACAGGUCAACCCCCAAAAGAUCGUUUAUCUACUAACCGAUCUUCGGAGAUCUCAUCAACAUCGCUAUCGGAAACGUCACGCAUGCUUCUGAAUCAACAAGACUCUUCUGGUGAAGAAGUUGAGUUCAGCAACGCAACACCGGAGGAACCGCCACUUGUUGCGAUGGGUUGUACCCGUUGUUUAGUAUUUGUGCUGACAAGUGAAACCAACCCUAAGUGUGUCAAUUGCCAAACCCCUGAUCAUCUUAUUGAUGUACUUCAUUAUAAUCCCCCCAAGAAACCAAAGCAUGUUUAGUUUAUUUUAAUUUUAAUGUUGUCCUCCAAACUAUAUAGGCAAGAUGUUGCUCUCUUAGGCUUUAAUUUUAAUUUUAAUGUUGUUAUGCAUAAGUUAUUGCUGUUUUAGGUUUUAAGUUUAAGUUAAGUUUAAUGUUGUUGUCCAAACUAUAUAUGUAGUUUGGUUUCUUUUAAUGCAAUAUAUUACUCUAUGUAUUUUCUCUUUC